AUGAGCUCCCAUUUAGCGCGUUUCUUUCUUCAAUUUGGAAUAUCUUCAAAAACUGCUCGUAGUAGUAGCUGUAUUAACUAUGGCAGCAGUGACUAUUGCUAUCUCCUUUUCAAUCCCAAAAAACGCAAAUUUACUGCAACCGCCAUUCCUAUAGCCCAAAAGUCCAGUAAAGAAGAGGUAUUGGUAGUUGUUGGAGGUGGAGCAGCUGGAGUGUACGGAGCUAUUAGAGCCAAGACUCUGGCUCCUAACCUUGGCGUGCUUGUUAUAGAGAAAGGAAAGCCUUUAUCUAAGGUGAAAAUAUCAGGGGGAGGCAGAUGCAAUGUGACAAAUGGGCAUUGUUCUGAUAACAUAAUAUUGGCAGAACAUUAUCCCAGGGGUCAUAGAGAAUUCAGAGGUUCUUUCUUCAACAUACAUGGCCCGGCAGAUACCAUGUCCUGGUUCUCUGAUCAUGGGGUGGCUUUAAAGGUUCUCUCUGAAACUGCAUGUAUUUGGCUUCUUCAGUUAUCUCGCACAUGGUAUUUACUCUUGUAUACCCAUGAUCGAGGAGGAUGGAAGAGUGUUUCCCACCAGCAACAGCUCACUGGAAAAGUUGUAUCAAGUGCAUCUGUCGGAGAUGGUGGAAAGUUCCUUUUGAAGCUUGAGAAACGAACAGUCAGUUAUGUUGAAAAUGUCAAAGCUGAUUAUCUAUUGAUUGCCAGUGGGAGUAGCCAGCUGGGUCAUAGUCUUGCAGCUCAGCUUGGUCAUUCAAUUGUAGAUCCAUUACCAAGCUUAUUCACUUUUAAGAUUGCAGAUUCUGGACUAGCAGAAUUAUCAGGGGUUACAUUUCCCAAGGUUGAAGCGAAGCUGAAACUAGAAAAUGUUGGGCCCAUGUUAGUUACACACUGGGGACUUAGCGGGCCAGUGAUUCUUCGGCUUUCUGCUUGGGGGGCACGUGAUCUAUUUAGUUCAGAUUACAAAGGCACGCUUAUAGUGGAUUUUGUUCCUGAUUUGCAUAUAGAAGACAUGAAGUCAAUCCUUAAUCAACACAAGCAUAAAUAUUCAGGUCUGAUUGAAGAUACACUGUGGGCUUCCAUAUCAAACAAUUCAAUUAUUUCUAUAGCUUACCUUUUAAAGCAUUGCUCAUUUGAAGUAAUGGGAAAGAGCCAAUUUAAGGAUGAAUUUGUCACUGCUGGAGGUGUGCCUUUAUCUGAGAUCUCUUUGAACACAAUGGAAAGCAAGAAAUGUUCACGUCUUUUCUUUGCAGGAGAGGUACUGAAUGUUGAUGGGGUAACUGGUGGUUUUAACUUCCAGAAUGCAUGGUCCGGUGGAUAUAUUGCUGGUACUAGCAUUGGUGAACUAUCAUCUGAAUCUACUUUGGAAGAGGGUAUUCUAUGA